UUGAGUUUGGGCUUUUCAUGAAUAAGAGCAACGACUUAACUUAACCACCAGAAAAGAAAAUAACUGUCACUGUCUUUUACCGCCAAAAACAAAGAGCAAAAAAUAUCAGCCUAAGAAAAAAAAAAAAGGAAAAAGAAUUCCAAAUUCCAAUCAGAAAGAAGCAAUGUCCUCCUCCUGCUCCACUGCGCUAACGUCCCACCUCUUUCCCCUCCGCAAAACCAACGACUUCUCCCGCCGCCGCCCUACUUACACACCCUCGAGAAUUCUUCAUCUCUUCAAUUCCUCAUCAAGCCUGCAGGAAAUCAAGGUGCCUCCAGCAUCGCCGUCGGAUGGGAGGAGCGAGCUGCCGGCGAGCUGGGAGAGCAUAGCUCUUCCGCCGGUGACGGCGGCGAAGAGGGUGGUGCUCGUGCGGCACGGCCAGAGCACGUGGAAUGCGGAGGGCCGCAUCCAGGGCAGCUCCGAUUUCUCGGUGCUCACCCAGAAGGGCGAAUCUCAGGCCGAGACAUCGCGUCUCAUGCUUCUCGAUGAUUCCUUCGAUGUUUGCUUCUCCAGCCCGCUGAUUAGAUCAAAGAGGACUGCGGAGAUCAUAUGGAGUUCUCGCGGGGAGGAGAUCAUAACCGACUCCAACUUGAGGGAAAUUGAUCUCUACUCAUUUCAAGGCCUUUUGAAGAACGAAGGGAAAGCUAAGUACGGUGCAGCCUUUCGUCAAUGGCAAAUAGAUGCACCAAAUUUCAACAUUGAUGGUCAUUAUCCGGUGAGGGAACUAUGGUCGAGAGCAAGAAGCUGUUGGACGAAGAUCCUUACUCAUGAAAGCAAAUCGAUACUUGUAGUUGCUCAUAAUGCUGUCAACCAGGCACUUGUCGCCACAGCUAUUGGACUUGGCACGGAGUACUUUAGGAUUCUACUUCAGAGCAAUUGUGGUGUGAGUGUGUUGGACUUCACUCCAAAUCCUGAAGGGGGCUCACCUCAGAUAUGUCUUAAUCGUCUUAACCAGACCCCGAGUUCUCCUUUAGCUUCCGGAAGCUCUGCAGGAAGGAAAGCCAGUAUGCGGAUUAUACUUGUCACUCACGGACUCCCUCAGAACGACGUGCAGGGCGCAGACAGACCAAUGAACAUGCUUGGGAUGAUACAGGCACAGAAAACUGCAGAGCUACUUCUUGAUGUCAAGGUGAGAACCAUUGUCAGCAGCAGUGCAAGAAUAGCCCUUGAGACAGCAAAUGCAAUUUCCAAAGUUCAAGAAGCUGCUGACUGCUUGGGAGCCGACUGCGUGCCACGCUAUGUGGAGAUGAAGCAGAUACCGGAUCUUGAUGUCGACAGCAUUCUUAAGCAGACGAAACAAGACUUGACGCAGCCCGGUUGGUUGAGGGGAUCCGAGGAUGACGUGGCGUGGGCGUUGUGGGACCAAUCGAGGGCUGCGUGGGAGAGUUUGGUGGAUGAGGUGUCAAAGGGAGGAGCAUCGGAGGGUGAAGAUGUUGUUGUUGCAGUUGGCCAUCCAGCUCUCAACAUUGCAAUCAUGGGGCAUUGCUUGAAUCUCACCAAGGAGUGGCUGGGAUCCUUCCAUCUUGAUGCGGGCAGCAUCAGCGUCGUCGAUUUCCCCGACGGCCCCGCCGGGAGGGGCGUCAUCCGAUGCAUCAACUACACCGCCCAUCUCGGCCGCUGGUCGAUACCGAUCACCAGAUCGAUGCUCGACGACGAGGACUUUUGAGUCUAGUAAAUAAGAGAAAUUCCUAAGAAAACAAGAGGAAAGCUUUGUAAUCUUUAUGGACUUAAAUACUAGUAGUACAUAAAAAAGAAUUUAAUACACAAUAGAUGUAUAAAUUCAAAAUUUAUCAAUUCAUGUUAAAUAGCUAGAAGAGGGUUCGAGAUAAAA